AAACGAAUCGAUCGGUCGGAACAUCUUCGAGGAGCGGUUUUGCUCGUCGAUCAAUCAGGAAAAUCCUAAAGGGAAGAUAACAUCAAGGGUGCGAUGCAGUGGCGUCGGCAGAAGAAGGUCACCCACGUGAUCGGAUCCUCGAAUCAUGUACUGCUUUUAGCGAGGUACCAAGAUGCUCCACCCGGUGAAGAGGAUGAGGAGGAAGGUUUGCGAAAAGAUUACGUGAAGAGUCAGGAGAAGGAGACGAAUGCGCACACACAUUUCGAUCGGAAUGGACAACAAGGUGGCUACAAGCCGCGUCGAGCUGGUACCAGCAUCAGCGGCGGAAGUACGAGCGGCUACGCCAGCAGCGGCUCAAGAUCGCACAGAGACGAGAGCGCGGGUUCACCUUCGCAGCCUAAGAUCAUCUUCAACGAGGAGGAGUACACGAGAAUUACGACACCGCGACAAGAUGUUCUCUUUAAAAAGGGUUACCUGUCGCGCAAGAAGCCUUGGACUGGAAACGCGAGUACCAGCGCUACGCCGUCGACUACGGAGAGUCAAUCGGCAUCACAUUCCACCGCAGACGGUAGCGAAACUACAGAGGACCAGCAACUAUUGGAUAGGGACAGUGGAACGGGAGAAUAUCCGCCCAUGAGCGCAGAACCAGGAGCACAAUUAGGAUACGGAACAUUUUACGAUCAUGCGAGCGGCUACUAUUACGAAUAUCCUGUGAUGUUGGUCGGACCUGCGCCAGUACCUACUCAAGUUGGACCAAAUGUUUUAGCGACUGUACCUUGUGGCCCGGUUCCUCUAAGACCGAUUGAAUGGAUUAAUCCUGCAUUCGUGCCUAAACUUGCCAAUCAGCCAUAUUGCUUAAUGGAUUAUCAGACUAAUCAAAGUACAGAACCGAUCACAAUAGUGGAGGAGCAGAACGGCACGAUAGUGGCAGCGGAAGCUUCCAACAGUAUGUGGAAUGAGAGCGGUACUGGUAGCGCUAGCUGCAGUGGCAGCGUAGCCGAGGAGAUCGAAGAGCAAGCCGAAGAGGCGGAAAAUGCGACUAUGGAGCAGCAUACCGUGAAAGAGCAGCUUAUAGAAGAACAACCGCAGUUGCAUCUCGAGGAACAACAACAUUUAGAGAACGGCGUGACGACGAUCGAUCCUUACCUAGAUCCAUUAAUGAUGCAAGAGCCAAUGCAUAUGUCGCAUAUGAUACCAGCCAUGCCACAGCCAUACAUAUAUCCUGGUCACUACAUGUUUGGACCUCCCUUGGUCAACGUUAAUGGUGUUACCAUCCAGGGCGGGCCUUUGAUGAGAACCAUGGACGUAACAGCUAUGACAAUGGCGUGCGCCAAACGAAGAAAGAAGAAAAAGAAAAGAAAACAGAGAAGACCUACUUUGGGUAACACCGAAGAUGAAGAAGAAGGGGAAUACAGUUCCGAAUGUGAUAAUGAUAAUGUAUCGUCUUCCCGACUACCUUGGUCAGAAUGUCCGACUUCGACCGCGAUUACAAUGACGUCGGCCGCGAAUCGACCGCUUAAUCCCGAGUGCCAGGAAUUUCAAUUGCGGCCAGCCCUACAAUCGCGAAUCCUCUCUGCUCCUGCUUUGACAUCCACCGUCACCACUGUGGCCGAAGAAGUCACGUCAUCUGUCAAUGACGCACCGGAUAUGUCAUCUUACACUGAGACAGAAUCCGCCAGUCGCGAGACCGAGACGUGCGACUCGUCAACCGCUCAAAGUCUAACGAACCAGGAAGAGACGACAAUCCAUAAUUCAGAGCAAAUAGUUAGAGAGACAUGUUUAACCAAAAUUCAGUCGCCGACAGUUGGACACGUGCCCAGAGAUAGGAACAUAGAAAUUAACAGUCAAGUGAAUCGUCUAGUCGUGAAUGUGGAAGCGAUAAUAAUGAAUGAGACUACUGAGAUAAGGAGCAAUGCUCCGACUAAUUAUGAAACGCUCUCCAGGACUGAUACUUCUUUGGAGAACGAUGGCGAUUCGACCAGUGCCAAUGUGAAGCAUGAGUCAUUCGAAAAUAAUAGUAACGACAUUAAUACGAAUACAUUGAAUAAUCGCGUCAGAUGCCCUGAAGAAAAUUUAGCUAACGGCGAUACUAACCACGAACAUUUUGCUGACUUAAUGGAAAAGGCAUCAAAGUCAAGAUCGGUGAGUCCUCAAGAAAAUGAUUCCAAUUUAACAACGAUAAACGUCAACGAAAAAGAGGAAGUUCAACGAUUACGAUAUUGCAACAGUUCAUCCAUUACGCGAGCAACGUCACUUGGAUUGCCGAGAAAGUACAACAAGAAGGGUCUGAAAUUCGUGAGAGAGUCUACGCCUGGGCCGGACUUGGAUGAACAUCUGGAUGUGGAGAGCAAGAUACUCGUACAACAAUUCGAAGCUAUCGAACUGUCGGACGCAGAUUGCAAAUGCAAUAUUGUGAACGAUAAACUGGGUGAGACGGAGCGGAAGGUGGCGAACGAGGGAGACGCACUGGAGGUACAUAACGAGAGCACGAUCAAAACGACAAAUCAAGAUACAAUCGAAGGCUCGAACGAGGAUUCCGGAUUUGAGAGCCAGACUCGGUUAUCGAAAAAAUAUCCAAUUACAGCUGCGGUGAAGGAGUGGCUACGUCGAGCGAACUCGCCCGAUCUUUUCAUAACGUCGGCGUCGACCUCGGAGAGCGAGACAGACGAGGAUGAUGAAGAAAUAGAUGCAAAGCCGCCAAAAAACUUGCAAGGCAACCCCAUGCCUGCACUAUCUGCUAAUAGCGGUGUUGACAACGUUACAUUGUUGUCGUGCACGGCUAGCUGCGGCGAAUUCGCAAAGACCAACAAUAAUAACAUCAACAACAACAACGCCAGGAAUGAUCAGAUGGAAGCUGAUUCAACGUCGAUCGGCAGAAGAAAAAGGGACGCGAAAGUUGUAAAAAGAAAAACAAUGGCAAAGAGAAACGACAAACGAAACAAGAAUGUCGAUGAGAAAACGCAGAGCCAGUUAGUUUCCUCGUUGGUUUCGUUGAACUUUGUUACUGCCGUGAGAUCGAAAGACAAGCCGAAGAAUAAUGUUGGUGACGUUUGCGAAUUUACUCAGGAGGAUAGCGUUGCGGGUAUGAGGGUUGCUUUAAGUUCUCGGAUAAACUCGAAGAGAGUUAACGGAAGACGAAUGAAGACAUUAAGAAAAAUCAGUAAAAAUCCUGUUGAGAAUAUUGAUAUCAAAAUGCGACGUAUAGACAAUUUAAACGACGGGAAGGAUAAAGAAACGAUCGAGGACAGUAUGGUGAGCGUGCGGACGUUCGAGAAGGGAGAAAUUAUCGUUUCGCAAGACGGCAGAUUGUUACCGACAUCCUCGUACGAACCUGUGCCGUUUAAUUUUCAUGGUAAUCCCGUUGCGAAGACCACUGCUUACGUCGACGUGAUUAACAAAAACGUGGAGAUAUGCGAGAAGAUCAGCAAGAACAGCAGCGAAAACGACGAAAACGAUAGCAUAAUGAUAGGAUCCUCGGUCAGCAUAGAGGAGCCCGACGUAUUGGAGUGCUGGGAAGUAGAAACUGUGGAACCUGUGAUAACUCCAAAAAGGAUGCUGCAAAGUCCGGGAGUCCUAUGCGAAGGCGAGGCGGCGGAGGACGAUAACAUCGAGGUCGAAAAAGCCAUCGUGGAACAUGUGCAGAGGUAUUACAGACUCGCACGGGAUACCGUCAACACGGAGGAAGAGUCAAGCGAAUUUAGCACGUCGGUAAUUUCGUCGAGAACAGUGCCAAAUGAUCCGGAGGACAAAACAAUCGGGUAUUUCCGUGGCGAGGAAAUCCCAAUCUAUAUACCGGACAAAAAUCAGGACGUUAUCAUAGCGGAUGAGAAGAUACCCAUCGAUGAGGCGUUCGAGGUUAUCAUAGGAAAAAGCGCGAAUUUUAUUUUGGAUGAAAUAAAUAAAGAAGAGAGAAAGGAGAAGGAAGAAGUAUAUGGAGAAGUGUAGAGGGCAUAGGAGAUGCCAGACUGUUGUUUUUAUUCUCGCUACGAUAUCUCGUAAUACCACUCAGUCGAAAUGACAAGAGCGUUAUUUUUAGAAUCUAUAUAAAAGACACGAAUGUUAAAAGACUAGGAGUUAUUGUUGCACGUAAUCACGUUGGAUGGCCUUUGCUUAGGAAAGUUUUGACUGCUCGCAAUUUUUAACUCGGCAUUAUUGGAAUAUCCCGCAUGUUCAACUGUGAAUCUCCUUUUUCUUUCUCUUAAAGAAAGGGGGAAACUUACCGAGGAGGGCUGACAAAGCAAAUCGUUCAAUAAUACAUGCUUUUAAAUAGCAUUACGUAAUAUAAUCGCGUAGAUGUAAUAUCGCGUUCUCAUAGAAGGUACUAGCUGAAAAAAAAACAGAUGGACAGCGAUAAAACAGUGAGCCAUAGCUUUAGUCUGUUAUUGAGAAGUAUAAUGAAGUAUAUAGAAGAAUCUUACGACGGUUACAUAACGAUCUGCAUGUAACGAUUGCAGUUCAACGGACGUUUAGAGCAAGCAUUACCAAAUCUAUUUCUCCCGUUUGAAUUUCGCUAAUUCGCGUGUCGCAGAAUUUGAAUCUGUAAAAAGAUAUCAUCUUUCGUGUCUUCGAGAUCGCUGCAAUUUAAGGAAGCGACACUAUUAAAGCGACUUUAUUAAAUUUCCGUAUCUCUAAAACUAGAUGUAAUCGACAAGUUUUUUCGACACCAAAUUUGGAUUUCACAAUGCGAAUAGCCGAGUCACGAGGACGAUCUCAUCUUUAAACGUUCGUCGAGAAAUCAGGGAGAAGCGAGGCGGUUUUUUUUCUUUUUUUUUCUUUUUUCCGAUAGACGCGUUUUGACCGGAAUCGGAUGAACGCACUGCAAAGAUGCAUAUGUGUACUUACGCAUAUACAUAAAGAAAAGCUGCACUUGUUACGACAUAGCCCACGUUUUAGUUGAUUUGUGUCCAGAAUAGACUGAAGGUACCUUAGGUUGCAUAAUUGCGUAGGUCGAUUGAUAGACAUGGUUCACGAGGUCAUGUAUCCCAUAUCAUAACGCCCAUAACAUACCUCAGAAGGAUGUGUAAAUAAAGUCAUUUGAGGCAUUAGCAGAACGCAAAAUGAUAAUAAAUACUGAUAAUUAAUGAUAAUGAUAAUAAAGAAGAAAAAGAAUGAUGUAGCGAGACGAUAAGACAAUGCUAGUGAUACGGUGGGCGAGGGAAGGGAGGAAAGGAAGGAUAGGAACGCGAAACCUAAUGUCACGCAGCAGCGAUAUGUAGACACCAUUGUUCCUGCAAUGUUCUAGUUUCCUUAAGCAUACGUAUAAAUCAUUUCCAAGAUGAUUAGGCGUAGCUCUAUGGACGUUCGUUCACACCAAAGUAACAUUAAAGAAUAAGUACGAAUAUAUAUCGUUACAUUGAAAAAAAAAUGCGCGUUGCAUCAAUUGUGUGCCUUAUUCUGUGGCGGCCGUUUUUGUAACUAUUUCAAAGCACUCUCCUUGAUAAUAGUCAGUAGCGAGAUAUCAAGGUGUGGUUAAGACUUGUUAAAAUUGAUGAGAGAAAGAAAGAGUGAGAAUGAGAGAGAGAGAGAGAGAGAGAGGAAAACGUGCGGGAAGGCUUGCCCGCAAUGAUAAUCCUUACCAGUGCAUGCAUAGCCGAACAAGGAUUCAUAUAGAUUCCUUUUCACAAAAUAUUGACCUCCAUUCGCCGGAUGCGUCCGAUUGUAUGCCGACUAUUCAUAAAGACAUUAAAGCGUUGCAUCUUACACACACGAGUCAUGUUACUGUACAAUUAUAUUUUAGUAGAAGUUAACAUGUAUGAAAUAAGUGUACUUGAAUUUUGUUGUUUUUGCUUAUAAAAAUAUAAAUAAAAUUUCAAUUUUUAAAAUCAA